AUUUCAUUUGCAUUCGAGUUUCAUUUUGGAGGUCUCCCCAUCUGGCAAAUCCCUUUCCCUCUUUCAAUUUUCGUCUACACAUAAAUACGAUUUCAAUUUCCAUUUCGAUUUUUACGAAUUUUCUCGAGAAACUCAGAACCAGCUCACAGAUGAUCCCAGAUUCCGCACUCGCAACCAUCUGCUUUCUUCCUCGAUUUCCUGUUUGAGACCUAGCUCACCAUUCGCUGCCAUUCAUUCCCAUGGUUCUGCAAUCCGAUUGAGCCAACGAGGGAUUGCAAUUCUCUCUCUCCCGGGGCGUGGAGAGAUCACUAGCUUCUCGAUCCAGUCUCUUCACAAUCUUCGAUCUGUAAUUGCGGAUCUGAAGAGCCCGGAAGGACGAUGCCGUCUCACGCGGAUCUGGACCGUCAGAUCGAGCAUCUGAUGGAGUGUAAGCCUCUGUCGGAGGCGGAGGUUAUUAUGGAUUCUAUGAUGAAUGUUUGAGAAAAUAUGGAAAUGCAAAUGUCUGGAAGCACUUUACCGACCUCUUUGAUUAUUUACCUCUUACAGCUCUAAUUGAGAGUCAGGUUUUUUGUUUGCAUGGAGGACUUUCGCCAUCUUUGGAUACCUUGGAUAAUAUCAGAGCUUUGGACCGCAUUCAAGAGGUUCCACACGAGGGACCGAUGUGUGAUCUCUUAUGGUCUGAUCCUGAUGACCGCUGUGGUUGGGGAAUAUCUCCACGUGGUGCUGGAUAUACUUUCGGACAGGAUAUUGCCACUCAGUUCAACCAUACCAAUGGGCUGACACUGAUAUCAAGAGCCCACCAGCUUGUGAUGGAGGGAUACAAUUGGUGUCAGGACAAGAAUGUGGUGACUGUUUUUAGUGCUCCAAAUUAUUGUUACCGGUGUGGGAAUAUGGCUGCAAUCCUUGAGAUCGGGGAGAAUAUGGAUCAAAAUUUUCUACAGUUUGACCCUGCACCACGGCAAAUCGAGCCAGAUACCACACGCAAGACUCCCGAUUAUUUUUUGUAAACGCUCUUUCUCCGUCGGCUGCUUGUAAUUCCCCUUUUAUCUGCCGUUUUACUGUGAAUUUGACUUUAAAGGAGCACUCUUCGUUUAAGUUUUCACCAUUCUUUUGUUUCGAGUUUGUGCUGAUGCUGCUCUGUUAUAAUGGUGCUGAAGAUUUGAAUGAUAAAGAAAAAUGACAGAAGAAUGCGUCAGAGGCCCUAUUAUCUUGUAUAUUUUUUAAGAACGAACUAGCGAGCGGCAAUAACCUUUCCUGUGAUCUGUAAUUUUACCUUUCCAAAGUAGAGAGAGCUGAUUUUUCGAACGCUUGUAGUAUUUUAUGUUUGAGAUCCCAAUGGCUAAUGAAACUGCAGGAACUGGUGAUUUAUUUAUCAAAGUUGUAUAUGUUUCUUGGCCCGGCCCUCUUCCACUUCAAAUUUAUGCUGGGAAUCUUCCAUCUUGGUCAUUUGAUUUGGAUUGUUUUUAGUUUAAUAACAUUUCAGAGUGUAGAUUUGAA